AGCUCUAAGUGCCUUUCAUUAUCCAGAUGAUAUAGGCCUUUCUAAGUUUUCUUGAUCAAUCACUAAAUAAAAUGCAUCUUUCAUAUUCUUUUAUUUUUCUUUUGCUAAUUUUCUUCAUGUUGGAAGCUCCAAUUACUCAAGCUCAAGGGAAGAGUACUUUAGUUUCUGCCAUUUUUGCCUUUGGAGACUCAACAGCUGAUCCUGGAAACAAUAACUACAUAAAAACACCUGCGAGGAGUAAUUUCUCACCCUAUGGGAGGGAUUUUCCCAACCAUGUUGCAACAGGAAGGUUUACUAACGGAAUGCUUAUUUAUGAUUUCAUUGCUAAGCAUGUUGGUGUCAAACAGUCUGUGCCUCCAUAUUUGGAUCAAAGUUUAAGUACUGAAGAGCUCAAGACUGGAGCUAGUUUUGCAUCUGCUGGAACUGGAUUUGACCCCCUCACGCCAAAAAUCAGUAAUGUGAUCUCAAUAUCUAAGCAGCUAGAGAAUUUCAAGGAAUAUAAAGAGAAAAUGGAGGCAGCUAUUGGGAAAGAGCAAACUCAGAAUUUAAUAAAGGAAGCAUUGUUUAUAGUUAGUGCAGGCACAAUUGACUUUGUUGUCAAUUACAACACAUUACCAACUCGUCGUAUAAACUACACAACCUCAGCCUACACAGAUUUCUUAUUACAACAUGUUGACCAAUUCCUACAGGAAAUAAUGGAUCAAGGGGCUAGAAAAAUUGCAGUGGCAAAUCUACUGCCAAUGGGUUGUCUUCCAUUUGUCAUUACCCUUAACUCAGAUAUUAUUAAUGCAAUUACAAAGCGUGAUUGUAUUGAUUCCCAGUCCUCCAUUGCUCAAGACUACAAUUUUAAGCUCCAAAACAAGUUAAAUGACAUGCAAAUUAGGUUUGCAAAAUUGGGUUCUCGAAUUGCUUAUAUGGAUAUCUAUACACCACUGGUGGACAUGAUUCUUGGCCGCAAAUAUGAUUUCGAAAACGUUAACCGUGGCUGCUGUGGAACUGGCUCAGUGGAAUUUGCAUUUUUGUGCAACCCCAUAUCAUUUGUUUGCCCAAAUGCAUCAAAGUAUGUUUUUUGGGAUUCAAUCCAUCCAACUGAGAAGGCAUACUAUCUUGUUUCUCAAGCACUUCAGCCAACUAUUGAUUCCAUCACCAAAUACUAAUUAAUAUUACAGUAUUAUAUAUGUAUCAUAAUACUGGAAGUACUCCCAUCUUUUUAUAUGAUAUGUCUUAUAAAUAAGGAGAGAAAGUAAAACUUUUUAUCAAGUUAAAUAUCAUGUGUUAUACUGGAAAUCCAAACAUGCAUGAUGACAAGGACAACUUUACUAUAUAUGUUUUGACUAGCACAGGAAGCUCGUGCUACGCAU